GCGGAUCGCCCGUUUCUCUCAGAUACUAUGAGCGGUGGUAUCUACGGUGGAGACGAGGUUGGUGCUAUCAUUUUCGACGUUGGACACCAAAGCCUUCGCGUUGGUUAUGGCGGUGAGGACACUCCAAAGGCCGAAAUUCCGACCACCCUCGGGAUAUGGGAGGACACCAUCGAAACACCAGACGGCACACCGACUGUCAGGAAGCACUACAACAUCGACGUCACGGCUAUUCAAGUGCGAAAGAAGGAUAUGGAUUUGAUCAGCCUGAUGCAGGACGGCAUGAUCGAGGGUUGGGAUAUGUUCGAGCGCCUAACAGAGUACGCCUACAAGCAACGUCUGCACGCACUCCCGGAACACCAUCCGAUCCUGAUGACCGAAUGCCCCUGGAACACCAGGCUGAAACGGGAGAAGCUACUGGAGCUGAUGUUCGAGAAGUUCAACGUUCCCGCCAUGUACAUUUGCAAGAACGCGGUUCUAGCGGCUUACGCGAACGGAAGAUCGACAGCUAUGGUCGUCGACAGCGGCGCGACACACACGAGCGCGGUGCCCGUACACGACGGCUACGUCAUCACUCAAGGUAUCGUCAAGAGUCCUUUGGGAGGUGAUUUUGUCACCAUGCAGUGCAGGCAGUUCUUUGAGGAGAAGGACAUCGAGCUGGUGCCCGCCUGCCUGGUCGCUAGCAAAGACAUAGUCCGAGAGAGAGAGACGCCACGUUGGGUAAGAAGACCAGGACCCCAGCCGUCGUCUUCCUGGCUGAGCUAUAUGGUCCGAGAGCUCCUGCAAGACUUUCAAAUGAACUGUCUUCAAGUUUCGGACAGCCCGUACGACGAGGACAUGGCCAACGCCCUGCCAAUGAAGCACUACGAGUUCCCAACCGGUUACAACGACGAUUUCGGCUCGGUGAGGCUGAUGAUCCCCGAAGCGCUAUUCGACCCGAGCAACGUGAAAGGCGUGGGUGCGAGUAUUCUCGGCGUUGGACCAUUGGUCACCACGAGCGUGGGCAUGUGCGACAUGGACAUCAGACCGAGCUUGUACGGAAGCGUUGUGGUCACGGGUGGAAAUUCCUGCUUGCAAGGUUUCAGCGAAAGGCUGAAUAGAGAUUUAGGCAGCAAAACUCCUCCAAGCAUGAGACUGAAAAUAAUUAGCGCGAAUAGCCCCAGCGAGCGACGUUACGGUGCCUGGAUCGGAGGAUCGAUUCUCAGCUCCCUUGGAUCCUUUCAGCAGAUGUGGCUGUCUCGACAGGAGUACGAGGAGUCGGGGAAACUCAUACUGGAGCGAUGCGCGUGAUCGCGGGACCGCAGGCGAAAUCAAUCAAAAUUAAUCGUAGUUAUCUUCACAAAGUGUCUACCCGUUUCUACCGUUUCUCCGUUACGCCGGAGGACAAGUGAUAUUUCACGCGACCUUUGACACCGUGGGAGCCGUAACGAGAGAACACGAGCGACUGAUAUCAAAAAACUUCGUGAAACGUAAAGACUUACCGUUAGGAAAAUUGUGGGUGCGAAAUCUAGAGGACAAAUUCGCGGAUGUAAUCAUGAACGAUAUUCGAGGUUGAAGCCACAAGUUUUGUACUUGGAUUAUAUUAAGAAACGAAACACCGUUCCUAACCGAUCGAAUGACUGCUUAUGUUAGAGUUGAUUUGUGUCUUUAUAUUAAAUAAUUAA